AUGAACCAAAUCAAGGUUUCCAAGGAUUUAGACUCUGAAAGAAAGAGAAUAUUCUCUUCAAAGCUCAAGCUCUCCAAUGGCUGCUCUUCCAUCACUCCACCCCCUCCUCCUAGAGUCAAUCUUGAGUCAUUUUCCCUGCAUCGACUCCAUCAGAUGCAUUCCACCGUUACCGCUAACCCAAAUCCUGAUGAUCUCAAGGACACCAGAAAACUUGAAGCUUCAUUGAACGUCGAAAACCAAGAAAAACAAAUCCUUCACAACAUUUUGCAGUCCUUCACGAAAUCCCGAUUAGUUGAAAUCCUUCAGGAAGCUGCCAUUGCCCACCCCACCAUUCUCCAUACCGUUCUUUCCAUCGUUGAUGACAACCCAUCCCACCGCAAGAUCUUUAUCAGAAGUCUUGGCCCUAAAACCACCCCUGAAAAUCUCCACAACUUCUUCUCAAAUUACGGAGAAGUUGAAGAAGCUAAAGUCAUCUUUGACAGGACCACUGGAUAUAGUAAGGGCUAUGGUUUUGUUACUUUCAAGAAUGCUGAGUCUUUCUUGCUUGCCCUGGAAAACCCCAGUAAGAAAAUUGAUGGAUUCGUCAGUUUUACCAGCAUUUGCGUUGGGCCCGAUCAUUCAUCAGGGAAGACUGGUAAUACUAGUAUCAGUACCGAUGAGAUGGAGAAAAUGAGAAUGAAAAGGAAAAUUCGUGUGGAGAAUGUGCCAGCCGAGAUGAGUUCUGAGACUCUGUUGAGUUUUUUUGAGCAGUACGGUGAAAUUGAAGAAGGGCCUUGGGGGUUUGAUAUGGGGACAGGGAAAUCAAGAGGGUUCGCUUAUCUUUUGUAUAAGAAUGAGGAAAGUGCAAAAGCUGCUUUGGCUGAGAGGGUGAAAUUUGUUGAUGGUUUCCGGCUGGUUUGCAAAAUGGUGUUGAGGGAAAGGGAGAAAAGUAAUAGGAACCCAACGGAUAUAGUGGAGCCACUGCCUUCGCCUCCGAGAACUUUGGUUUUGCCUGUUUCCUAUUACUAUUGUGUCUAUUAUUCUCGUCGAUUGGUUCCCUACAAUUAUUACUAUCAGAAUGAGCCUGUUAUGGGCGGCAGUAGCGGCCAAUUGGGGCCUUGGACUCAAGGACAAUCAUCAUCAGCUUUACGUCCUGCUCCUCGGAUUGCUGGUGCUGCUAAUUCUGGAGCUUCUUCGCCUUCUGGAAGAUAG